AUGAUUUUCCGUGUUGCAAUUUCGGGCAGUCCUGGUGUUGGGAAAUCUUCCUUUAUAGAGGCUCUAGGUAAAGAGCUUACCGAAGGGCGCAAUUUAAAAAUUGCUGUGUUAACCAUUGAUCCCACAAGUGCAGUCACGGGAGGGUCUAUCCUUGGUGAUCUAACAAGAAUGCAGGAAUUAUCUCGAAACCCCAAAGCCUAUAUCAGACAGUCGCCCACUAGUGGUUCACUAGGAGGUGUGGCUAGAGGGAUCCAUGAAGCUGUUAUUCUUUGUGAAGGAGCCGGUUACGACUGCACCGAUAUAUGUAUAACACUGACUUAUAUGAGCUACAGGUUUAUAUUCCUCGAUUUUUAUUUGUUUGUUAGACUUAUUCUUUCACCUUUGGGCGUGAAACGAGGAAUAGUGGAACUAAGUGACCUUCUUGUAAUUACAAAGGACGAUGGUGAUUUGAAAUCGAAAGCAAAACUAACACAGGCAGAAUAUAUCUCAGCAUUAAAAUACGUGCGACCACGGAUCGAUGCCUGGAAACCAAAGGUUCUGCGUUCGUCUAUAAUGAAUCACCAGUCGAUCGCCGUAGUUUGUGACACAAUGUUCGAGUACUGGAAUACUAUAAUGGAAUCUGGAGAUUUGGAACAACGACGUGUAAAGCAAAUGACGCAGUGGAUGUGGAAUCAUGUGCAAGACGAGCUUUUGAGAGUUUUCAAGCAACAUCCCCGAAUUGUGCCACUUGCUCCAUCUCUCGAAAAGGAUGUUCGUGAAGGGAAGAUUACACCUGGUCUAGCAUCGGAAGUGAUGAUCAGAACAUUCUUAAAUACUUGA